AUAUUGAUGAUAUUAUCCUAAUGAGUUAAUAUUUUAUUUGAAAAAAAUCAAAAUUGAUGGAUCCCAUAUUUCACAAUUCCAUUUACAUGGGCUCAUAAACACAUGACACCCCAUUUCUUUAAUGACACAUGACUAUGAGUUGGACUAAGGAAACAUUUAUUUAUUCCAUUACCCAUCUCAAGCAACCACACUCCCAGUGGCCUCCCACACAAUAUAUGGUUUCCAUUCCCCUCCUCCUGAGGGUUUCUUUAAAGAUGAAUUCUGACGCGGGCAUAAUCAGAGCUAGGGGACUGGUUUGGGCUGCAUCAUCCGUGACUGGCGGGGUGAUUUAGUAGGUGCGAUGGCGAAGAAGGAAAGGGGAGUUUGCCGACCGAUCGAAGUGGAAACAAAGGCCUUGGUUAUGGGUCUGCGGGAAGCAAAUCGCAGAGCGCUCAACCCUCUAAUCGUUGAAUCUGAUUGUCAGGUUCUUGUGAAUCUUUUGAAGAAUGGAAUGGAUGAUUUCUUGGCUGGAGAAAAAGUUAAGUGGAGGUUUACUCCGAGAAAGUCCAACUCAGUGGCCCAUUGGUUGGCUCAUGCUGGUUUGAGUUGGGAACAACAGAUUGUAUGGGUUGAAAAUCCACCAUUAUCGCUUUGUUGUCUUAUUGAGGCCGAUUUGGGCCAAGGUCCUUCGGGACAAAACUAAGUUCAUUAAUAUUAUUCCCCACGUUUCCUAUAAAAAAAAAGAAAAAAAUGAGGCAAUGUCAAAAGUCAUCUCAUUACUUGAUGGAGCAAUUAACCCUUUUUUCAUUGGUUGGUUUGGUUCCUAUUAUCAUCCUUCCCAAGUAGGGAUGGCAAUGGGUCGGGUUGGGGCGGGUUUUGCCAAACCCGAACCCAAACCCAUGGGUUUGUCCGUAAAAAAAACCCGGGGUAAAACCCGCUGGGUUUGAAAAACUCAAACCUAACCCAACCCGCUGGGUAUCCGUGGGUUGAUGGGUACCCGUGGGUUUUUUUGUAAAAAUAUUUAUAAAAUUCAACUCCAAUCCAGAAAAUUCAAAAUCACAAAUUAUUCAUACACAACAUGAUUAAUUAAAGUUUCCUCCUACUUGAGAACUUGAACAUUGUCAUCUUAGCUUCACUCUCAGCUCCUUAACCCACGGAGACUGAUUUCAAAGUUUUUGAAGAAAACAAGGGAUAGCUCAUAUUCCAUCAGCUUCUUCUCCAGUUGAGCAAAUUAAUCCAGUAUGCAAAAAAAAAAAAAACAGAGAUCAUUAGACUGAAGAAAACUCGGACGCGAUAUAUUUUGCAAUUAAAUGAUCAGCACUUGAGUAUUCCAAUAGAAAGGGUGAUCAUCAACUGCAAAAAGAAGAGAAUCGAUCCGCAGAUGACAUUGACUACCUUAAGCUAAUUCAGUCAACUUACAGUAGUCAACAGUCUACAGUCUACACAGAGGUGAUCCGUAGUAUAUAAGAACAUCGAAUGUUCAAUCAAAUGAAUGACCAGGGGGAACCAGCCUGAUCGAAUUUUCUAGGAGGCAGCAGCUUUACCCUGGUUAGUACACCUGGCUAAGUGUUGACCUACUGGAAAAGUGAAUCAUGUCACAGAAAGAACUAAGCCAAAAGUGUUGAACCAUUUUAUGUUGCUUUUCAUAGCAGGGUCAGUAGUGCCUCCUACUCCUAGCAAAUCUUCUAUCGGGGGAUCGUACCAAUCCACUCACUCCAGCCCAAAUAACAAGCAUGUAUCCACGUUAUGGAGAUCCAACAGAACUGCUCUCAGUCUAUACCUAACCACUUCCAUGACCAUGAGCAAUUCAAUGCAAACAAUUCAUGUCUGAUUGGAGAACCUUGCUGAAAAAGGAGAGCACGAUACGAAUUCACAAUCCACAGCGAGAGCGAGAGCGAGAACUGAAUUGGAAGAAAUUGGAGGUGAUUGAGAUCAUGAUUUCCCGAGGUUACGAAUGCCUUACCGUCAGCAUGAAGAGGAAGAAGGAGAAGAGCUAUGGCGUAGACGAAACCUUCAGCUGAAGAAGAAGGAUCGAGCUGGAGAGGGACACAGUAAGGAAGAGCUCAGUUUCUCCGGUGGCGAUAUUAGAGGAGGGAGACCUGGAGACUAGAGAUCGCUACUCGCUAGACAGAGAGGGAGAGGAGUCAAAUUGGCGGCGGAUUGUGUCUCUGGGAACUGGGGACUGGCCGAGGUUUGGGAAAUUUAGGGUUAGGAAAUGUAUGUCCGGGUAUCCACGGGUCGGGUUCCCCCAAACCCGAACCCGGUCAACACGGAUUUUACCCUGUUUGACCGGGUUGGGUCGGGUCGGGUACCCGCGGGUCCGGGUUGAACUGCCAUCCCUACUCCCAAGCCACCAAUCCGCUUCUCAAUACAAGUCCACGUGGAAGGGACAAGUAAGCUACCACAAAUUAAUUUCCUCUUCCACUAGCCACCUGGUCACUUGAUCCCAAACAACCCACUAUGGGUGGGCAACAUGAAACAGGUAUUUGGAUAUACUCAUACCCAUCCCUUUUUUUAAGAGUUACGGGUACCCAAAUAUAUGUUUUGUUUUUAACACUAUGGGACUUGGGAUCAAUGAUUUCUACAACGGGUACCCACGAGUUACCUGUUAAUACUCGUUUGGGUAAUACGGGUACCCAUAAUACACAUAUUCAUUCUACUUCUUUUGGGUACAAACCGAAGAUUGAGACAAAAAGAAAUGAAAUGAGUUGUUGUCUAGAUACAGGGUGAAGGCAGGGGACCCAUUUCUGAGGCUUCAAAGGAAAAUGAGGAAGCAAAUGAUCAAAUGCCCUUUUACCAACUUCUUUCUCCACAUGAUCAAAAGACUCCUUUCUUUAGCAGCAGACAAUAGUCAUUGUGCUCAUGGAUGAACUCUGUUACUCAAAUAUAAAAGAUAUAAAAUGGAAAUGGAAUGAGCAAUAGGGACAAAACUUGAAAGAUACAGGAGAGGGUGCGAGACAGGGGAAGAGAUUUAUUAUGAAUAAUUGUAACAUAAUAAUGUAUUAAUUUGGAGCUAUUGCUCCCUCACGUAUAAUCAUGUUUCCCAAUUAAUAUUCUGUUUAAUUUUGUGCAACAGGUACCCGUUAUCCGUCCCGUACAAGUAACAUGUACCUAUUAACCCUUAUGGAUUUGUGACAUGAGAUGGACUUUGCCUUGCAAACAAGAAUGAGUACCCGUUGCAAACGAGAUGGGUAUCCCGUCCCGUUGCCCACCCCUACAACCCACCAUUUCCAUUCCAUAUCACUGCCACGUAGAGGAAAGAAAAAUGGAAGGCGGGCAAGUGUGUUUCAUUAUUAGUCUCAUUUAAUUGGUUGAGAAGAGGUUUGUCCUACUUCAACAGAUACAAAUAUACAAUGCCAAAGACUCUUCUAAUUACACAUGGGUGAGAAAAGGGUAAUAUACUAUGCCAUCUCACUUUCUCUAAUUUGAGUUACUAAUUGUAUCUCACCAAAAAUGCCACCUCCAUGCCCACGUGUACAGAGGAAAGGAAGGUAUUCUCUUUUGAUUGGUGGAAAAAGGUUAAGAAUGCUAAAUUAUAGCUUCUUCACCAACUACCCUUCGUAAUUGGUUUUCCACCAAGCUAUCAAAGCACACUUUCUCCAUAUCACUAUACGUGAAAAUAAGGACAAUUAAUUACUUCUUUCUUUUUCUCUCUCCAAAGGCGAGUUGUCCACGGACCACGAUUUUUCUUCAAAUUUUGUUUUAUUUGGGCCGGUUAUAUGUUAAUCAACGAGAGAUUUGGCUCAAAAUCUCUCAUCCAAACAAUCCCAUAACUCUACCCUAGUCAAUUUCGCUAAGAAAACAACGUCGUACUCAUAUAAAGAACUAAAGAAGGGUCAAGCUUUUUAAAUCACAAUGAUGUCUACUGCAAAAUGUUAAUAAUAGCAGCGAUUCAACCAAAAAAAAUGUUUGUUAGACCACGAUAAAAUAAAAUUGUUACGUGCCCCAAUGAUGAUUUAUGCAUGGUGGAAACGCUGAAGGCAUUAACUUCGUGGAUCUCUUCAUACAUGCAGUGGAGAAAUCAGAAAUCGUUGGGGACUAUAGUGAUUUAGCAAAAGACGAGGUAUAUUGGAGUUAGUUAUAAAAGUGGGAAUUUGGUGUUGUUUUCAGAAAAUUUACGUACCUUGUAGAAAAACUUUUUCUCUGAACCCUUUCUCAAACAUAAUUUUUCUCAAACUAAAAAAAUACAAUUUUCAAGACAAAAAAAUGAGAAAAGGUUGAAAAUUGAAACACACGAUGGAGUUAUCAGAAUAAAGAAAAUUAUUUUCA